AUGACUCGCAAGGAGCAAGCCCUUGAAUUUAUGCAAUCCCACAGCACAGCUAAGUGCGGCCGCCCGCCUCUGUCACUGGGAGACAGUCCGCUUAAAUGCAGCUUCAGGGCUGCAGGACACCCACCAGCAUUACUCCCCGUGCGAGGUGGCAAAUGCAACAUGCUCUCCAGCUUGGGGUGUCUACUUCUCUGUGGAAGUAUUGCACUAGCCCUGGGAAAUGCACAGAAAUUGCCAAAAGGUAAAAGGCCAAACCUGAAAGUCCACAUCAAUACCACGAGUGACUCCAUCCUCUUGAAGUUCCUACGUCCAAAUCCAAAUGUAAAACUGGAAGGUUUUCUCCUGGGAUAUGGCAGCAACUUGUCACCAAACCAGUACUUCCCUCUUCCAGCAGAAGGGAAACACACGGAGGCCGUGGUCGAUGCAGAACCGAAGUAUCUGAUUGUUGUGCGGCCUGCCCCUCCUCCAAGUCAAAAGAAGUCAUGCUCAGGUAAAGCACGCUCUCGCAAACCUCUCCAGCUGGUGGUCGGCACUCUGUCACCAAGUUCUGUAUUCCUGUCCUGGGGUUUCCUCAUUAACCCACACCAUGACUGGACAUUGCCGAGUCACUGUCCCAAUGACAGAUAUUAUACAAUUCGCUAUAGAGAAAAGGAUAAGGAGAAGAAAUGGGUUUUUCAACUCUGUCCAGCCACUGAAACAAUUGUGGAAAAUCUAAAACCCAACACAGUUUAUGAAUUUGGAGUGAAAGACAAUGUAGAAGGUGGAAUUUGGAGUAAGAUUUUCAAUCACAAGACUAUUGUUGGAAGUAACAAAGUCAAUGGGAAAAUCCAAAGUACCUAUGACCAAGCCCACACAGUGCCAGCAUAUGUCCCAAGGAAGCUAAUCCCAAUAACAGUCAUCAAACAAGUGAUUCAGAAUGUUACUCACAGGGCUUCAACUAAAUCCCCUGAUAAGACUCCCUUUGGAGGAACAAUAUUAGUCCACCUUAUUAUUCCAGGUCUCAAUGAAACCACUGUAAAGCUUCCUACAUCCAUAAUGCUUGAGAUUUCAGAUGCAAUCAAGACACAGUUAGCUAAGAAUGAAACGUUGGCAUUACCUGCUGAAUCUAAAACACCAGAAGUAGAAAAAAUCCCAGCACGGCCUGUAACAGUGACUCCUGAGUCAGUGCCAAGAACCACGAAACCUACUGUGUCUAGUGCAUUAGACUUUUCAGAAAAAACACUGGCUUCCAUUGAAAAGCCAUGGAUUGUGCCUACAAGUAAAAUAUAUGAAGAUUCCAAACCUCUCCCACCUCAAACUGAAACAAGUGAUCCAUUUCUGGAUUCUGUCCCACCUAAAACUUCUAGAACUCUUGAACAGCCAAGGGCAACACUGGCUCCAAGUGAAACACCAUUUGUUCCUCAAAAACUGGAAAUCUUUACUAGUCCUGAAAUGCCACCUACAACACCUGCUACCCAGCAAACUACAUCUAUCCCUUCUACACCUAAACGACGCGUCAGGCCCAAAAAACCAAGAACCAAACCUGAAAGAACCACAAGUCCUGGAAUAAUUACAUCUAAAAUUCCUAAAAGCCCUGAACCUACAUGGACAACACUGGCUCCCAGUAAAACACAAUUUAUCUCUUUGAAACCUAAAAUUCCUCUCAUCCCAGAAGCGAUAGACACCAAACCUGCCCCAGAACCUCAGACUCUACCACCAUCACAGUCAACAAUAGGACCUGAAACUCCGGAAACCAAACCUUCAACAACAUUAGCUUCACCAAAGACCAAACGACCAGGUCGUCGCCCCCGCCCUAAAACCACACCUAGUCCAGAUGUGCCCAAGUCCAAACCUGCUCUGGAACCUGCUACGGUACAACCGGAGCUCUUGGUGCCCACAGUCGCAUCAAAACCAUCCAAAAGACCUAAAACCACACAUAGACCAGAUGCACCUCAAAUCCAGCCUGAUUCAAAACCACCAAAGCAAUUACUUCCUAAACCCCAAACCACAGCACAACCAGAUAUGCCACCAACUAAACCCGUCUUUGAUCCUGCUACAUUUGAGACUGAAGCUCCCUCCACAACCAUAGUUCCCGCUACAGACCUUGAACCCGUAACUCUGAGAACUGAAGCUCCCAGGACAACAUUGGCUCCAAAAACAACACAACGGACAAGAACACGUCGUCCACGUCCAAAACAUAAAACCACACAGAGCCCAGCGGUAUCUCAGACUAAACUAGACUCUGAACCCAUUACUCCUGGGACAUCUAUAGGUACUACAACAACAAAGAGACCUCGUCGUCCACGCCCCAAAACUAAAACCACACCCCAUCCAGAAGUACCUCAGACCAAACUGGUUCCUACCACAGUCUUUGAACCAGUUUUUCUUAGAACCGAGGCUCCAGGGACAACACUAGCUCCCAAAGUACCUCACCAAACUCACCCUCCACAUCCCAAACUUAAAACCACAAGGAGUCCUGAAGCACUUGACACUGAGCUAGUUCCUGCUAUAAUCUUUGAACCAGUCACUCCUAUGAAAGAGACUCCAGGGACCAUAUUUGUUCCUGUUACAGAUCUUGAACCUGUUACUGUUAGAACUGAGACAUCUGGGACAACAUUAGCUACCAAAAUGUCACAAAGACCCCGUCGUCCACGUCCCAGACCUAAAACCACACCGAGCUCUCAAGUACCUCAGACCAAAUCGGUUCCUGCUACAGUUCUUGAACCUGUCAUGCUUAUAUCUGUAAUAACAGAUAUACUGGCUUUUCAACAAGACUUAUUCUGCUUGUUUUAUAACCCAGAGUUUCCUCUUGUUUUAUAUUACUCUUCCAAAACAUCACAACAGACACGCCGUCCACGUCCCAGACCAAAAACGACACCAAGUCUUGAAGUAUCUCAGUCCAAACCAGUUCCUACUUCAGACCUUGAACCUGUUACACUCAGAACUGAGACUUGGGUAACAACACAAGCUCCUAAGAUAUCGAAACGAACCCGUCGUCCACGUCCCAAACAUAAAACUACACCAACUACUGAAGUACCUCAAACAAAACUGGUUCCCACUACAGAUCUUGAAGCUGGCACUCUCAGAACUAAAGCUCCAGAAAUCGUGGUUCUUCCUACAGCCCUUGAACCUGUCACUCUUAGAACCAAGGAUCCAGAAACAACAUUAGCUCCUAAAACAGCACAACGAACCCGUCGUCCACGUCCCAGACCUAAAACCACAUCAAGUCCUGAAGCACCUCAGACCAAACGGGUUCCUGCUACAAGCUUUGAACCUGUUAUUCAUAGUUCUGAGGCUCCAGAAUCAACAUUAGCUCCCACUGAACUGCAAACUCUUACUUUGAAACCAGUGACAUCACCAAGCCUAGAAAUGACACAGAGUCAACCUGUUUCUGAAGUCCUGGAAUUCGUUACAUUAAGCAUUGAGUCAUCAAAGGAAGCUAUAGCACCAACUGUAACAGAUUAUCUAUAUCCCUCUGCCAAAGCACCACUCAGUCCAGAGGAGCCAAAGACUGCAGUUGUGGAAUCUAUUACAAAUGUGUCUGAACCACCUGAGACCACGCUAGAGACAUCUCCUCUGCCUUUCCAAACUAUAAUCCUACCCAGCCCUGAUGAGCCUCCGACUGAACCGGCUCCCAAGCAGAUACCACGUGCUUCUCCCAAACCAAAAACAUCUCCACGUCCGAGAAUCCCACAAACACAGCCAGCUCGUAAGGUGCCUCAGCGUGUUACUUCAAAGCCAAAAACAUCACCAAGUCCAGAAGUGUCCUAUACUCCACCUGUUCUGAGAGAUGUGGUCCUUCCCCCUAAACCAGACCCUGAAGUCUCUCAGCGUGAACCUGUUCUGCAACCUGUUACCUUUAGAAUUGAUCCACCAGAGACAACAAUAGCUCCUUUAGAGACACGAGGCAGCCCUUUUAUACCUAUGAUCUCACCAAGCACUAGUCAGGAGGAACUGCAAAGCACUCUGGCAGAAACAGAACAGUCCACCCAAGAAUUCUUUACAACUAAGAUUCCACCAACAACUGAAUUGACAAGGACAACUCAGGCCCCACACAGAUUGUACACUACUCCUGUGAGGCCCAGAACAUCUGACAAAGCACACAUCAGACCCGUUCUGAAUAAGACAACUACAAGACCUAGUAGACUCAAACCCAGUGGGACGCCCAAAGGAAAUGGAAUGGGAGCUGGGGUCAAGCAAGCACCAAAGCCAUCAGGUGCUGGCAAAGAUGUGUCAGUGGACUCUACCCAUAUCACAAAAAAACCAGGCACUCGCCGCCCACCCUUGCCACCUAGACCUGUGCCCCCACGAAGAAAACCUUUACCACCAAAUAAUGUCACCGGGAAGCCAGGAAGUGCAGGAAUCAUUUCAUCAGGCCGAGUAACUUCUCCACCUCUGACUGCCACAUUCAGGCCUACUGAAGCCCCCUCAGAGAAAACAGAGACAGAUGAAAAGCAACCAACUGUUCCUGCCUCAGGAGAAGAUCUUGGUAAUGUAACUGACUUUAGCUCAAGUCCAACAAGAGAAACUGAUCCUCUUGGGAAGCCCAGAUUCAAAGGUCCUCAUGUGCGUUACAUCCAAAAACCGGACAACAGGCCCUGUUCCAUCACUGAUUCUGUCAAACGGUUCCCCAAAGAGGAUGCCACCGAGGGGAAUGCCACAAGCCCACCGCAGAACCCACCCACCAACCUCACUGUGGUCACUGUGGAAGGGUGUCCCUCAUUUGUCAUCCUUGACUGGGAAAAGCCACUAAAUGAUACUGUCACUGAAUAUGAAGUUAUAUCCAGAGAAAAUGGGUCAUUCAGCGGGAAGAACAAGUCCAUUCAAAUUACAAAUCAAACCUUCUCCACUGUAGAAAAUCUAAAACCAGAUACAAGCUAUGAAUUCCAGGUGAAACCCAAAAACCCACUUGGAGAAGGCCCAGCCAGCAACACAGUGGCAUUCAGUACUGAAUCAGCGGACCCAAGAGUCAGCGAGCCAGUUUCUGCAGGAAGAGAUGCCAUCUGGACCGAAAGACCCUUUAAUUCAGACUCUUACUCAGAAUGUAAGGGCAAACAGUAUGUCAAACGGACAUGGUAUAAAAAGUUUGUAGGGGUGCAGCUGUGCAACUCUCUCAGAUACAAGAUUUAUCUGAGUGACUCCCUCACAGGAAAAUUUUAUAACAUAGGCGAUCAGAGAGGCCAUGGAGAAGAUCACUGCCAGUUUGUGGAUUCGUUUUUGGAUGGCCGCACAGGACAGCAACUAACUUCUGACCAGUUACCCACCAAAGAAGGUUAUUUCAGAGCAGUUCGCCAGGAACCUGUCCAAUUUGGAGAAAUAGGUGGUCACACCCAAAUCAAUUAUGUCCAGUGGUAUGAAUGUGGGACCACAAUUCCUGGAAAAUGGUAG